UUCUGUUACAUCUAUUUCUAGAAACAAAGUAGUUCCUGAUUACGAGAUUUUUUUCUAUAGAAGUAAUGAAUCGACAUUAUGUUAAAGUUUCCUUCUUUAUACUAUCUUUGUUCUACCCAAGUUUUUUAUUAAUUUACUCAUCAAUGGCUGGGGAAUUUGAAAUAACUUUACGGAAUACCAAUACAACAAAUGGCCUGUUUAGAUAUUCUGAAUCAAGAACAGAAACCUCAAAUCCCUAGGCAAAAUACUAAGGAGUUACACUUUGUUUUCAUGGGUGAUUCAAGAAUUCGACAGCAGUUUUUUAACUUCUUACGGCUUAUCCCAGAUUAUGACCAGAAAACUCAGCCAGAUCCAAUGCCAUUUAACAAUCACGAGGAUAUGGAUUUAACGAGUGCAAUACUUAAGCUGCAUGUUUCGUUUAAAUGGCGUCCUCUUAUUAAUACAAAUGUCACUGAUACGAUACGGCAAUGGGUUGAAUCCCCACCAUCGCAAAGGCCUAAUUGGAUUUUAUUAGGCAUGGAAGUUCACCAUAUGCUAACAUCCAAUGGGACAGACUACUAUCAAUAUCUGAAGAAACUAACAGAAAUUAGACCACUCUUGGAACAUUGUGCUAAAUUUAGUCAAGUAAUUUGGCUAAAUCAGUAUCCAACAAUUGACCCAAACCAAUGGGAUAUUUCUUCCGAAAAGAUUCAUCGGUACAACGAAGGCAUAAAGAGUUCAUUAAAGAAUUACAGCCAAAUUCAAAUUUGGGAUUCCAGUAAUAUUUUUGCAGAAGAAUAUGUUCGCGGCUGUCGUGUUUUUUCCGAACGAGAAACUGCUGGUAAAUAUUCUCUUCAGUAUACUUCUUGCAGAGACUAUAUACAUACUGGUUAUACAGCGCUUUCACAGGCCACUCAACUUUUAUUGAAUCAAAUUUGCAAUUUAAAGUUAGUCCAAUUAAUUUGAAGUUCAGAAUUGUUUUCAUAUCCCCUAACAUAACGGAUUUAUAAUAUCAAAUAUAUAGAUUUUAAAAUGAAUAUGGUG